CGACCGGAGAAGCGGAGGCUAUCUCGGUCUGUGCAGCCUCAUCAUCAACCUGGCAGCAUCAAGGAGACGAGAGCGGAAGGACACCUCACCUUCUCAUCCGCCGCACUCACGGAUAUUUGUCAUCUGCUCCUUCCUCCAUCCCUCUGCCCAGCUUCUUUUUUUCUUCUCCCUCUCUCUUCCCUCCUUCACUCCUGUGUAUGAUGAGCUCCAGCCUGCUGGAAAACCCGGUGCAGGCGAUUCUGUACCUGCGGGAGCUUACCACCAUCGUCCAGAACCAGCAGAGUCUCAUCCAGACGCAGCGCUCCCGGAUAGAGGAGCUGGACCGGCGCGUGGACGAGCUCAUCGGCGAGAACAGGCACCUGCGAGAAGUCAGGAUACAGCAGCAGCAUCCGUACCAUCACCUCCAUCACCAUCACCAUCACCCAGACCCUACUUGUCUCCCUCAUCACCAUCCUCCUCAGGACCCCCAAAUUAAGACAAGUACAGGACCUGUGCCGGGCAAUGCAGCUGCACCAGUACAGGUCGAGAAAGCUUCAGGGGUCCUGCCUUCGCCUUCUCAACCCAUGGACCCGGGCGAUAUGCAGCUGGUCCCUGCCGACCCGUCCGCUGUUUCCCCGAUUGAAAGUGACUCAGAAAACGGAGGAAGUUCCCUUAGCUGCCGCUCUUUGGUUCCGAUGACCCCUACAACCCUCUGUCGAUCCUUGGCCCUGGCUAGGAAAUCCGAGAGCGAGACCGUGCUGCAUCAGUUCUGCUGCCCCGCCCCAGAGCAUCCAGAGGCAGACACCACAGGCUCAUCUGGAGGACAGAUGCUGAGCCUGGAGGAUGGAACGUCCUCUGGCGGUGGGCAGGAGGUGGAGGGGACCAAGAGAGAGGGGCCCAGCGAGUACGAGAUCAGCCUGGAGAAUAAAAACAAACAGAUAGAGGAGCUGGAGCAGAAAUACGGAGGCCAUCUCAUAGCCAGGCGGGCAGCCCGACGUAUUCAGACGGCCUUCCGGCAGUACCAGCUCAGCAAAAACUUCCAGAAGAUCCGAAACUCUCUGUCAGAGAGCAAACUACCCCGUAGGAUCUCCCUGCGCCAUCCAAGCCCAUCGGGACGAAACAGGAAUGCAGCCCAGAGACACAGUUAUACUCUGCACCCAGGGGGAGGACAGAUACCAUUACGCUCUAAAACUCCACCUCCGCCUCCAUGCCGCUCCACCUCUCUGCCUCCUUCUCCUGCUUCUGCUCAGGCGGCUACUCCCUCUCCGGCCCCUGGCCCAGCUCCACCUCAAACCUCCGGACAGACACUCACACAGCUGGAGGACUGCUUCUCUGAACAACUUCACUCCUUGGCCCAGUCAAUUGAUGAGGCUCUCCGUGGUUGGAGCUUGUCAGAGACUGCAGAGGGGAAAGGGCUGCUGAUGGAUCCAGGGGCUCUUCGUGCAGCUGCUGAGAGUGCCUGUCUGCCUCGCAGUGCCAGCUCGCUGCUCAUGGCCUUCAGGGAUGUCACCGUUCACAUCGACAGCAAUAGCUCCUACACCAUCUCCUCCGCCACCACCACAACCACCACCUCUCUCGGAAACGCAGGCGGUGGGCCCCCCGGCAGCAGGAAGACCUCUGUGAGCGGGAUGGCUGGUGGAGGAGAUGGCUUUUCAUCUGAGGAGCCAGAGUUUCCUGCUCCUCCGCCUAGUGAGGAGCUGGAAAUGGCUGAUCCAGGAUCCAGGAGGGGAUCAGCGGUGCCGAUUCCAGGAGUGGGAGGAGGGGGAUUCGAGGGGGAGAUAAGUGCAGACAGAUUGGGCUCCACCUCCACGUCUACUUCUACCUCCACCUCUAUGUCCACCUCAGCACAAACCAACCAGCAGCCUGCUCAGAUCUACACCCAGUACCAGCAGUACCACUACACUCAUCCUCAGCAGAUCCCUGGGGGGCCCAGCCCAGAGGCACUGCAGGCCCUGGUUGUGUCUCUGCCCAGGGACCGCUGCCAGGAUCCGGCCUCAUGCAGAUCCCCAACCCUAUCCACAGACACGCACCGCAAACGCCUGUAUCGUAUAGGACUCAACCUUUUCAAUGUGAACCCUGAGAGAGGCAUUCACUUUCUGAUCACGCGUGGUUUCGUCCCGGACACGGCUAUCGGGGUAGCUCACUUCCUGCUGCAGAGGAAAGGCCUGAGUAGACAGAUGAUUGGAGAGUUUUUGGGGAACAGCAAGCUGCAGUUCAACAGAGAUGUCCUCGACUGCGUUGUGGACGAGAUGGAUUUCUCAGGCAUGGAGCUCGACGAAGCCCUGAGAAAGUUCCAGGCUCAUGUUCGUGUUCAGGGGGAAGCACAGAAAGUGGAGAGACUCAUCGAAGCCUUUAGCCAGAGGUACUGCAUGUGUAAUCCUGAUGUGGUGCAGCAGUUUCACAAUCCAGACACCAUCUUCAUCCUUGCCUUCGCUGUGGUCCUCCUCAACACUGACAUGUACUCACCCAACAUCAAACCGCAGCGCAAAAUGGGCCUUGAUGACUUCAUACGCAACCUUAGAGGUGUUGAUGAUGGAGCAGACAUCCCACGAGAGAUGGUCGCAGGCAUUUAUGAAAGGAUCCAACAAAGAGAGCUCCGGUCCAAUGAAGACCAUGUGACCUAUGUGAGCCGUGUGGAGCAGUCAAUCCUUGGCCUGAAAACUAUCCUUGCCGUGCCACACAGACGUCUGGUGUGCUGCUGUCGUCUCUUUGAGGUACCUGACGCCAACAAGCCUCACAAACAAAAACUAUCCCAGCUGCAGAGAGAGGUCUUCCUCUUUAAUGACCUGCUGCUGAUCUUAAAACUGUGUCCUAAGAAGAAGAGCUCGGCCUCGUACACCUUCUGUAAAGCUAUGGGUCUUCUGGGAAUGCAGUUUCACCUCUUCAGCAAUGAAUACUACGCCCAUGGCAUCACCAUGCUGAGCCCAUUUACCUCAGAGAAGAAGCAGCUGGUAAGUUUCUGUUCCCCGAGUGGAGAAGAGCUUAGGAAGUUUGCAGAGGAGCUCCGAGAGGCCAUCACAGAGGUCAACGAGAUGGAGCAGAUACACAUCCAGUGGGAAUUGGAGCGGCAACAAGGAAUCCAGCAUGGCAUACACACCAAUGGAGGGCAAGUGGACACACACACAGGCUCUCCCUCAGGCCAGCAGGAUCCUUAUGACAAAACCGGAAACAACAACACAGUGGAGGUGUCAAUUCACAACAGGCUGCAGACCUAUCAACUGAGCCAGCCCAGCAUUGAGUCCACACCUCUGGCCCUGGCCGCACCACCCGCCCUCCUCAGCCCCGUCCAAGCCGGAGAGCUCCGCCCAGAAACACUCAUCCAAUGCCAGCAGAUCGUCAAGGUGAUUGUUGUGGACCAGAGCGGGCGAGGGCGGAUGGAGGCUUUCCUCAGUCAAGGCCCAGCUGCUCAUCAGCUCAUCCAAUCCGCCCUGUCCACACCCGUGCAUGUCAGGGAGGGGGACGGCCCUCAGCCCCCUCUGCCACCGCCUCCACCUCCUUACAACCACCCCCACCAGUUCUGCCCACCUGACUCACCCAUGCCCCUCCACCACACCAUGCCUCUCACCCGCAGACGCAACUCCAGCGGCACCCGCAGCAUCGUCUGAGUGGACAGUCGCUUUACAAACCCUGAGGGGCCAAAUGUGACCCUCACAUUCACAGACAUGCUGUAGCACCAGGUGACUCACCCUGAAUUAAGAGUUACGAAUAUACUGUAUGCAUCUUUCAAAAGGACAGAGGAAAAGGAGACCAGCGGGAAUCUCCACGGUCCUGACUGAAGGAGGAAUCUGAACAUGGAGUGGUUUCUAAACUUUUCUUCUUUCUUUUGUCUCCAACAUGUCACCCAGUAGCUGAUGGUGUUGUCUUUCUAGAUUUUACUCUUUACGAGAUCUUGUGACUUUACAUUUUUAAAUGUCACCUGUCCUGCUAUCAUGUCAGUGAGCUCUGACUGUGAAACCGAGGGAUGAUGGCAGCCCUGAAGGGACUAAAAAUCACAUUACAUAUUAUGAAAAAAAACAAUAUUUUCUUUUUCUGGGGCAUUUUUUUCAAUAUGAGCGAGGAAUCAUUUCAGCAGAGCUUAUCUUGAUUCUCCUCAGUGUUAUCAUUUUUUUUUCUCAUCUCGGCAUAAUGUGAAGAAACAGGAGUACCAGCUUAUUUGUUUCCCUCAUUUUCAAGGGAACAGUUAAUAAGUACAUGUGAGGAAGGUGA